UAGGAGAUUGAGAGGGGAUCUUAUAGAAACUUACAAAAUUCUUAAGGGGUUGGACAGGCUAGAUGCAGGAAGAUUGUUCCCGAUGUUGGGGAAGUCCAGGACAAGGGGUCACAGCUUAAGGAUAAAGGGGAAAUCCUUUAAAACCGAGAUGAGAAGAACUUUUUUCACACAGUGAGUGGUGAAUAUCUGGAACUCUCUGCCACAGAGGGUAGUCGAGGCCACAGUUCAUUGGCUAUAUUUAAGAGUGAGUUAGAUGUGGCCCUUGUGGCUAAGGGGAUCAGGGGGUAUGGAGAGAAGGCAGGUACAGGAUACUGAGUUGGAUGAUCAGCCAUGAUCAUAUUGAAUGGCGGUGCAGGCUCGAAGGGCCGAAUGGCCUCUACUCCUGCACCUAAUUUCUAUGUUUCUAUGUUAUCCCUUUAAAAAAAAAUAAGAUCAAAGUGUGCAGGAUGCUGGUUUAAACCGAAAAGGUUUGAAAUAAAAUCAAUGUGCGAAGAAUAUUCACCAUCCAUUCCCCUCCCCAGUUGCUGCCUGACCCGCAGAGUUCCUCCAGCACUUUUGCAACCUAACACCUGCAGUUCCUUGUGCCUCCGUCAGCAUUCUGCACCUUUAAUCAACGUGCAUUCUUCCAGAUUGGAGAGUGUGCAUUUUUUUUUGCACGCUGUAUGCUAAGUUUAAGGGAUGCGGCACGCCCCCCUCCACCCGUCAAAGAGGCUGCCUGCAAACUUCAUGCAGUUUGGGAGUGAAUUCUUGCUGAGUGGAGGUGCUAGCGGCGACGGGCGCUAGGACCCAGGGCGCACACACACUCUCUCUCUAUAUGUGUGUGUGUCUGUGCCUCCUGGCUCCACAUUUAGCAAUGCAAAUCUGCUCAGCAGUUUAAAAACAAAAUGCACAUGCACCCGAAAUAUAGUGUGUGUGUAUAAAUUUGCAAAGGGAGACAGGACUGCUCAGAGGCUCUUCGCAAUAAGACAGCAGCCAGCAGCAGCAGCAGCAACCAGCAGCAGGGGAGGUGGGGCGGCGAGCUCGCCGGGCGAGGGGAUUUAAUUUUUGCAAAAAAAAAAAUUUGCAAAGUUUUAUUUGCAAGACAGCGGAGUGUGUGCAAAGAAAAUAUUUGCCGGGGGACGAAAACGAAAGCGAAGAAUGUGAAAAAGGGGCAGCAGCCGAAAAUCGGAAGAUUUGAAUAUUAUUUUUCAUUUUUUUGCAAUUUUUUAUUUUUGCAUUCUUUUAAUUCCACCCGGCCGAUGGCGAACCCGGCGGAGGACUGGCUGGAGGACGACGUGAGGAAGUGCGGCAGCCUCCGCAAGUGCAAGAGCUUGCACCGCAGGUUCUUCGUGCUGCGGGCGGCGAGCGAGCGCGGGGCGGCCAGGCUGGAGUACUACGAGAGCGAGAAGAAGUUCCGCGCGCGCGGCCCGGGAGGAGGAGGAGGAGGAGGAGGGGGGAGCGGCGCAGGCGCAGGCGCAGGAGGGGCAGGCGCGGCCACGAGCCCGGCCCCCAAGCGCGCGCUCCCGCUCAACGGCUGCCUGAACGUCAACAAGCGCGCGGACUCGCGCUGUAAAUACCUGCUCGCGCUCUACACGCGGGACACGUGCCUGGCGGUGGCGGCGGAUAGCCCACAGGAGCAAGACAGCUGGUACCGGGCUAUCCUGCAGCUCAUCACCCCCGGCACCGGCUCUACUGGCCCCAGCACCGGUAAUACAAGUAAAGCUGUAACGGAAGAUGGAGACUCCAAUUACGCCCUGGCACCGGGUCCAGCUUUCAAGGAGGUGUGGCAGGUCAACCUUCGUCCCCGAGGCCUGGGCCAGUCACGGAACAUGAAUGGCAUUUACCGGCUGUGCCUGACGGAUAAGACCAUCAGCUUGGUGAAGCUGAACUCGGACACGGCAGCGGUGGUCCUCCAGCUGAUGAACAUCCGCCGCUGCGGCCACUCGGACAACUUCUUCUUCGUGGAGGUUGGCCGCUCGGCCGUCACUGGCCCCGGUGAGUUCUGGAUGCAGGUGGACGACUCGGUGGUCGCCCAGAACAUGCACGAGACCAUCCUGGAAGCCAUGAAGGCCAUGAGCGAGGAGUUCCGCCUGAGGAGCAAGAGCCAGUCGUCCAGCUCCAACCCCAUCUCGGUGCCCACCCGCCGCUACCACCUGGCUAGCCUGCCGCCCAACCAGAUGGGUUUCUCUGCCAGGAGGCCGGGAGCCACCUCGCCCGCCCAGCGUUGCAACUCCGUCAGGGCCCGGACCUCCAGCGAUGGCAGCGCCGCCUCCUCCUCCUCCUCCUCCCGACCGCCGUCGGCUGACGAGGUCCCAGCCAGCCCCUCCCUGGGCGCCGGGCUGCCCUCGUCCCGGCCGGGAUCAUCCAGGGCUCACCCGGCUCUGGGUCAGACCAGGUCGACCCCCGACCCCUCCGCCCGGCGCUCGCCCUGCUCCGCCACUGGCCUCGCUUUCAGCCUGACCGCCGACCGUGGCUUCUCCUCGCCCUCCCCCUCCUCGUCCCCGCCGUCCUCGUCUGACGGGGAGGGGGAGUUCGGCACCAGCCCUGCCCAUUUCCCACUGGAGGGCACCCCCCAGGAUUACGUGGCGCUGUGCAGCCCUGCCCCGGCUGCGCAAGAGGUGGGCGCCCAACAGAGGCGGGUCCUGAGGCGGGCAAGCAGCCAGGGCGAGGAGGAGAUGGGGGAGCGUGGCGUUAGCAAGCGGGCAUGGGCUGGCAAGGGUAGCUGGCGCGCUUCAAGAACCCCUGAACCGUCUGAGGGAGGGUGCAAGGAUUUCAGAGACAACGGGUACAUGGCCAUGUCGCCCGGCCUGGUGUCAGGGCCCGGCCAGGUCCAGGGUGGUGACUACGUAGCCAUGACUCUUAAGGGUGCAUCGGUCCCCCCCAGCAGAUCCUGGGCCCCCAUCCCGAAGGCCGCUGCGGAGGUGGUUACAUGCUCAUGUCCCCCAGCGGGAGCUGUUCCCCUGAAAGCUGGGCUCGGGCGGUCAACCGCAAGUUGGAGAUGGGGGACGGACAGCGACUACAUGAACAUGUCGCCGGGCAGCCGCUCGGCUUCCAGCACCCCCCCCGAGAGCCCCCGUAUCCCACUGCCCCCCCGGGUGGAGGAGGGCGAGCUGGCGGACUCACUCUGUCACGGCUUCCGCUCACUGCCCCGCUCCUACAAGCAGCCGGCCCCAGCCACAGCCCCGGCCACCUCCUCUGGCCAGCUCUCCUGCUCCUUCUCCUCCUCCUCCUCCACAGGUGACAGCAGUGACAGCCUGGGGGAGGUGGAGGGGCGCCGUCCAUCCUCUGCGACCCCCGCUGCCCAGCAGCCCCCUAGACCGGGCAGGAAGGCUCUGUGCCGCCCGGCCUGUCUCAGUAUCGACGUGGCCAAAGCAAAAACUCUGCCCCGUCACCGCGAUAGCCCAGAUCCCCAGAGCCCGGGAGAGUACGUCAGCAUCGAAUUCCGGGCUGAGACCACCGUCCCCAGAAUCUUGCCCAGGUCCGGACCCUGUGCCAACAUGUUCCAACACCCGCCCUGCCCGGCCACCGAAUACAUCACCAUGGAACCCUGCCAGGUUUCUGCUAAGGAGAAUGUUGCCGAUCCCUCUCCCGUCGGCAUGCUGGAACUCAGCCCCGACCCCCACCAGGAAGCCAGGGUGAUAUGCGCCGACCCCCAGGGUAGACGCCGCCACUGCUCCGAGACCUUUCUGCCCGCGCCUCUCCCCUCCGCCCCUUCCGCCGACCACGUGAGAUGCCGUGGCUCGGCCUCCUUCGAGAACGUCUGGCCGAUGGAAGGCGGGAGUGCCGAGGAGGAGCCUUGCACAGGGAUGUCACGCCACAUGUCAAUCGGCUUCGAAAACGGCCUGAACUACAUCGAUUUGGAUCUGGGUACAGAUAGCAGCCACACUGAACUGCCCACCUUGCAGCAAAGGCUUUACACACCUGCAAGCGCCCAAGCUUAUGCCAGCAUUGACUUUCACAAGUCCGAGGAAUUAAGAAGCCAUAAAACUAACAAAGAAGAUUGCUGAUCGAUGGUCCUUGGCUUUCGGAAGGAUUGCAGAUACGCUCAUCGGCCACCCAUCUGCGGAACAAUCCGCGACUUUGGUUCAAGGCUGAGGGAGGGAUUUCAGCCGCUUCAAGCAACAGCCAACUCACCUCAGAUGCAGUUGUACAGAAGUAAAUGAUGACUGACAUUCAACACCGCGGGCACAUCCCUGGUGGAGCACAACCCACCCACUGAACCUUUGAGAGAUGGUCGGUGAGUGGGGAGAAAAGGACUAAAACAUAAACCAAACACAGUGCCAAACUGAUCUCCAGAGGGCCAAGUGAGCCAUCAACUGGAUACAACCUACUAUAGCCCUCUUUCUUGAUUCCUGAAUGAACAUAUCUAACCACGCCUGGCCAUUCAGGCCGACGUGGGAAUGGUGCAGGAACCGACAUUGCUCAACAUUGCUCUCCCCCCCGGUCUACAGAUUGCAACCCACCCUUGCGUGACUCAUGGACUUCGACCGGUUUGAUGCCUCUAUCUAGCGUAGAGUACAUCACCUUCCGUUGAGGGGGAGCGAAUGGGAGGCCAAUCAGUUCAAACCUCCCUCCGAUUUCAUUGUUCCUCUCCCUCCCCCAAAUCCACAACCCAACUGAGAACAAGAAGAUACGUUGGGAUACGCACAGUCGAAGAGUUGGCAUAGACGCCCCCUUCUUCAUCCAACUCUUCAGAUCUAAGAUGGCCGCCUGCUUUGACUUGACUGCACCUGAGGCCAUUUUGAACUACACCAGCACAGUGGCUCAUCAAGCUACUGCUAACUCGCUGUCAUGUACACCCCUUUAUAGAUGUUGGAGUGUCAAAAACAAAGUGGCAAUGUGUUUUCUUUUAAACGUACUUGUGAGUUUUGUGUGGAGUUCUCACGAUAACCAAACAGGCCUUGAAUCCUGGGUUGCAAACUCCGGUUUCCCAUCUUGUUCGAGGUUCCACCGUGACCUCUUGCCGUUCACUUGUUUAACAAAGAACUGCAGAUGCUGGAAAAAUCGAAGGUAGACAAAAAUGCUGGAGAAACUCAGUGGGUAAGGCAGCAAAGAAGGAAUAGUUGACGUUUCGGGUCGAGAUCCUGCUUAGAUGCUGCCUCACCCGCUGUGUUUCUCCAGCAUUUUUGUCUACCUUCUUGUCAUUGUCCCUUACCCCAUUGGUCUCCUAAUUUGAGGAAGGACAUCCUUGUGAUUGAGGCAGUGCAGCGUAGGUUCACCAGAUUGGUCCCUGGGAUGGCGGGACUGUCAUAUGAGGAAAGAUUGAAAAGACUAGGCUUGUAUUCACUGGAGUUUAGAAGGAUGAGUGGGGGAGAUCUUAUAGAAACAUAUAAAAUUAUAAAAAGACUGGACAAGCUAGAUGCAGGAAAAAUGUUCCCAAUGUUGGGCGAGUCCAGAACCAGGGGCCACACACACAGUCUUAGAAUAAAGGGGAGGUCAUUUAAGACUGAGGUGAGGAAAAACUUUUUCAGUUGUGAAUUUGUGGAAUUCCCUGCCACAGAGGGCAGUGGAGGCCAAGUCACUGGAUGGAUUUAAGAGAGAGUUAGAUAGAGCUCUAGGGGCAAGUGGAGUCAAGAGAUAUGGGGAGAAGGCAGGAACGGGGUACUGAUUGGGGACGAUCAGCCAUGAUCACAAUGAAUGGCGGUGCUGGCUCGAAGGGCCGAAUGGCCUCCUCCUGCACCUAUCUUCUACGUUUCUAUGUAUAUCUUGCCCGCUCAUAAGUCUCAAGAUGGCUUCCUUCUUCGCUGAUGGGAAAACAAACCAAGUCUUGAUUACCCAAUUAGAUGAGACUUGACUAGAUGUCAGACGUUAAUGUUCAUAAGACACAGGAGCAGAAUUUGGCCAUUCGGCCCGUCGAGCCUGCUCCAUCAUUUGAACACGGCUGAUCUAUUUUGACCUUUCAACCCCGUUCUCCUGAAGUUACCUCACUUCCCAAAAAUGUAUAGUUCCGACAAUAAGUGAGAAACACCAAAUUUUGGUCAAAAGCCACUCGUCUAUUUUUAAUUCCGCAUCUUGUGAAGAUGAAUCUUGUGAUUCCUGGGGAUUUCAGAGGGUGAUUAACUUGCCAGCUGUCCCUUGCUGUAUCUCAGAGCCUACUUUAAUGUGUGUGUGUGUGUGGAUCUGCUAUUUGAAAAUCGCUUCAAUGAAAUCAACAAAUGAUCAGCUCUGUACUUUUAACUAGAUUAAAACCAUAUGUUUGGGUGUGGGUACCAUUGGCCCUUGUCCAUUGCUUAUUGGAUCUUGGCCAUCUAUGACUGGCCCCCCGACUCCACAAUAACACUAAUGUAUUCCGUUAGUUUCACCGCUGUUUCUGAUUUCAACUUCCCCUAUCUCAUGCGUCGUCAUUUUAUAAAAUUCAUAUCUCACACGACAUUCGGCGCGGCGCGGCGGUAAAGUCGCCGCCUCAAGGCGCCAGAGUCCCGGGUUCGAUUCUGACCACGGGCGCUGUCUGUACGCAGUUUCUACCUUCUCCCCCUGAGCUGCCUGCGUGGGUUUCCCCCGGGAUCUCCGCUUUCCUCCCGCACUCCAAACACGUGUUCAUUGGCCUCUGAAAAAGGCGACAUGUGUCUCUAGUAUGUAGGAUAUUGCUAGUGUGCGGGGUGAUCGCUGGUCGGCAUGGACUCGAUGGGCUGAAGGGCCUGUUUCCAUGCUGUAUCUCUAAAGCCAUAGAGUAUAACUCCAUAUCUUCUUACAACCUAACGAUAUCAACAUUUAAGUCUCAAAUUUUUGGUAACCAACCUAAAAAAUACCCCCCCCCCCCCCCCCCCCCCCCCACCAAACUCCUUUCUCAUUCCCCCUCCCUUCCCUGUACCCUACCUGGACUCGUUGCCAUUUCACCCCUUUCCCCAAUAUUCCUAUCCUCUGGCUUCACAAUUCUUACCUCCUUCUAGCCUUAUCUC